UAACAACACUCACUUUUAUAGCUUUAACCCGCUUCUGAGAAAUUCUUUGUGGAAAGAAAAUCUCAAUAUCCUCCUCUAAAAUUUGAACCCUUGAAAUUUGUGAUGUGUGAUGAUCAGAGAAAGGAAAUUUUUGAUAAUCCUGAAACUGGUGCCGUGUUAAGCCAAGAAUUUAUUGACGUAGCUAAAGUAAACAAAACAUAUAAAAAUCGAGUAAUUGAACUAUUUGAUGAUAAAGUGGAAACCCUGGACUUCAUCAUGUUUAGCUAAAAUAGCUAAACUACUGGGCCAAUGAGGCUGUUAUGCAAGAGCCUUAACUAUUUAUCAGUAUCUAUUUACUCUAAUUAACAUUGAAUAUUUAAUCAAAUAUAACUGAAGUUUAGUGUAAAUAUUACACAAACCAGUGUAUGUUUGUUUAGUAAGAGCGUAUCAUUAUUGCAGAUAAGUUUUAUUCAACAGUAGCCUUUCUUGCAUUUGAUUACUAUUCGAAUACAGAUACUCUUUGUAUCUUUUUUUUAUUCUAACUUAUUUAAGUAAUAUAUUGUGUAUUAUGUACUGUCACCAAACAUAAAGAGAAUAUAUUAACGGUGUUAUUUAUAAUGGAACUACUGAGUGAGACAGACAUACAAACAAUACACAAAAAAUGUUCACUAUCAAAAAAAAAUAUUCAGAAAUGGUAUAUCACAGACUACUCAGAUAAUCUUGUAGGAUAUUUGGGAGAACAUCUGAGUUUAUUUUUUGAAACUGAAUCGGAAAGAAGAAAGUUCUUUAUAAAAUGUGUGCCAAGGUUCAACUCAUUUAGGGCCAACUAUGUACGGGAAACUGCUUUUUUUAACAAGGAGUAUAUAAUGUUGAGUAAAUUAUUUCAAAACUUUCGAGAUAAUGAUGGAUUGCAAAAGUGGCGUCCUAAACUAUUAUACGUAAAAGAGGAACUGUUUGUGUUCGAAGAUGUCACAGAAAUGGGUUAUAUAAUGCCGAGUAACCUUAGUACUUUAAUGUACGAUGAGAUUCUAGCAACUAUAGCUGCAUUAGCUAGAUUUCACGCGCAGUCUUGGAUUCACGAAGAAGAAAAAAGCAUAGAACUAGACAGACCUUACAGAUUGUGGGAAGACUAUGCUGAUUACCUGUCAGAGCCUGAAAGAGGUCAGCCAUGGCGUGACACGGGAAUGAGAGCCGUUAUAGAUUUCCUUAAGGUUUAUUCCAAGUUUCGUACAAAACAUAAUUUUGAGGAAAUCGUAAAUGUAAAGAUUCCCGAGUUAUACAAAAUUGCCGAGAAACUUAUGAAACCCAGUAUCAAGUACAGAAAUGUCGUUGUCCAUCGCGAUGUUUGGUCUAAUAAUAUUUUUCUCAAAACUCUUGAUAAUGGCAAGAUGCAUGCGUUAUUAGUCGACUAUCAAACAGUUUUAUACUGCGCCCCUGCGAUUGACUUGUCUGCUUUGAUAUAUUUAAAUACUACAAAGCAGUUUAGGCUUAAAUAUACGAAGAAAAUGAUUGACUUUUACUAUGAAGUGCUUUGUGCUGAAUUGGAAUUGGAAGAUAUUGAUAUUACUUCAAUGAUUAGCAAAUGUAAUUUCGUUGAAUCAUAUACGGAAAGCCUGGCAUUUGGAAUGACUCAAGCUGCUUUGGUAAUUCCUAUGAUCGCUAUGAGUGAUGAUCAGAGAAAGGAAAUUUUUGAUAAUCCUGAAACUAAUGCGGUGUUAAGUGAAGUUUCUCGAAGCCAAGAAUUUAUUGACGUAGCUAAAGUAAACAAAACAUAUAAAAAUCGAGUAAUUGAACUCUUUGAUGAUAUAGUGGAAACGUUUUGUAUACAUCAAUAACAAAUUUAUAACGCCAUUACCU